AUGUCCGGCGGCGGGGGCAGCGGCCGCGCCCGCAGAGCCCCACCCGAUUCUGCCGUGCGGUAUACAAUACUCCGCUCUCUCCCUCAAACCUCACGGUCCGGCAUCAUCGAUCUCCCUCCUUUAAACCUCACGGUCCGAUACCUUCGAUCUCCCUCCCUCAAACCUCGCGGUCCGAUAUUACCGAUCUCCGUCCUUCAAACCUCGCGGUCCGAUAUCACUACUCUCCCUCCUUCAAACCUCACGGUCCGGCGUCGUAAUAUCACCGAUCCCACCGCAUCACACUACAAGCUGGAGGAUCACAAGGGGUUGGAGGCGGAGAAUCACAGUAGAUCUAAAGAAAAAGAUCUCUCUGAUACUCUUGGCUCUCGAUAG